GCAGCACACAUGCGCUGAGCUGGCAGAGCCGCCGUCAGUCCGCGCUGAUCCUCCGCCCGCUGCGCCCGAGGAGAGGAGAGGAGACUCGGACAGGCUCGCGUCCGGGGUGCUGGAGACCCACCUCACCCAACACUGUCUCCACGGACAUUAUUGAAGCCCUAAGACUGGACACGACCGCAAACACGACACGGAGACACCAUCCGGACACGAAGCUGAAAAGGGGACGUCUCCUCUCCAUCGCCUUUUUAUUUUUUAUUUGCGCACGACCACCCAUUAAAACCCCCUCUGGACCGGCAAGCGAUGCACCUUGAUGCCAAGACGACGAUCACUGCGAUCAAUGUGUGUGGUUUUUGUUUUGUUUUGUUUUAGUGCUUAAUUGUUAAUCGAGAGGGACACAACGGACACUGUUCUCGGUGUUGACACAUGCAUUAAACGGGUUUCACUGGUUCAAGAGGAGACCUUCAUGGCCUGAAACUGACAGAAACUGAUCAACCGCAUUUACUGGGCUUUUCUUUGGGUAGUUUUGUGCUUUUUUGCAACACUGUCAUGCGUGUCCAGACAACAGUCUGAUGCUUUCAGACGGCGCUAGAUUAUUAUUCAGCCACUGGUGACAGUGCCCUACAGGUCCUUCUGCAUAAUCUGCUGGGCCCUUCCUUAAACAAGAAAAAACUGAGUCGUUAUUUUGCAAUCCCAAGGAAUUGGAGCAAACAGUCCCCCUGGAAAGUUUAAGGUGGAGACCAGCGUUCGGCUAUCAGAUAUAUCCAGGAGGUUCCACUGAAGGCUGCCGGCUCUGGACCGCAUGCUGUCAUGCUGUCCUUAGACGAGCCACUGGACCUGAAGGUGCCGAGGGGGUGGAUCAGUGGGCGGGACAGAGGCGCCAGGUCACCGCCUACUCUCAGUUCCUCUCCAAUCCACGGCAAGGGGGCGGGGCAGCUGCGAAUGGCAGACGACGGCACUGCAGUCAUCGUUCCAGCGUCCCCUGCAUCGCCACACACAGGUGUCUUACGGAGUAACUUGGAGACCCCCACACCACCGGCUGUGGACCUCAGCCUGUCCCCGUCCUCCCGAAACACUGCCUGCUCCCCAGAGCUCUCCAACGGCAGUGGAUCAGCUCCUGUUUUCCCCGGGGACUCAGCUCAUAUCCGCUAUGUUGAAGGAGGAGCCACAUCUCAAGCAUUCCAGUUCUUUGUGCCCAUCGGAGCAGGAGGAGGCCUUCACCUGCCCUCGUCCAUGUUUAUUCGGCAGCCUAAAGACACCAGAGCUUCUCCAGAUCUUUCCGCAGAUGAACAGCUGGCCUGUCGCUGGAGGAAGUGCCACCUACUUUUCGACUCCUUGCAAGACCUGGUGGAUCAUGUCAACGACUUCCAUGUGAAGCCAGAGAAGGAUUCUGGCUACUGUUGCCACUGGGAAGGGUGUGCACGCAAAGGACGGGGGUUUAAUGCCAGGUACAAGAUGCUGAUUCACAUCCGUACUCACACCAAUGAGAAACCUCACCGCUGUCCCACCUGCAAUAAGAGCUUCUCCCGACUGGAAAACCUCAAGAUUCACAACCGCUCACACACAGGUGAGAAGCCCUACAUCUGCCCUUACGAAGGCUGCAAUAAACGCUACUCCAAUUCCAGCGACCGGUUCAAACACACACGCACGCACUAUGUGGACAAGCCCUACUACUGCAAGAUGGUGGGAUGCUUGAAACGCUACACGGACCCCAGCUCCCUGAGGAAGCAUAUCAAGGCUCAUGGGCACUUUGUAGCCCAGGAGCAGGGAGGUGGGGUGGGCUCGUUGAUAAAGCAGAGCCAGAUUGCUGGGGUGGGGAAAGAUUCGGAGCUGACUUAUGUCAGCGGGGCUCACAUCAUCAUUCCUAGUGCUGCCGCUGCUCUCCUUGGUGGUCACGCUCUGCAGGGUCUCGGAGGCUCCCUCCCGCUGUCCCCCCUCAGUCCCCGCCCCUUGGACUUGAGCACACUUGGCUGCCCAAACUCCCCUACUGCUGGGCUUGGAGGGACACCUAUUCUGUCCUUCAGCAGUUCCCCUCUAGGCCUGACCAAGUCACCUUUGCUGUCUCCUUCCUUUUCAUCUUCCACGCUUGGGUUACCCAUGCUGCCCAUCCUGGGCUCUGAGCGCAGGGACCAUGGCAAGGGCAAGAUCAGAGGAGAGGAGGGCGAGGAUGAGAUCCACGGUGGUGUACUCAACCUGUCUACGGGAGCAUCCCACGACCCCCUGUCUUGGGUGGUCAUCCCCUCUGGCCCAGUUGUGCUGAAGCCAGCUGUGGUCAACUGAGCACCACAUUCCAGAGGAAUGGCAGGGGAAGUGCGGGGGGAGAAUAGGAGUCAGAGGUCAGAGGCAAGCCUGUGGGGGGUUUCACAAAGCAUUUGCAGUUCUGCUUGGAAGUGACACCAUGUUCUUCAGACACACACUACUACCUAUUUCUUCUGGUAAUAGCUAUGGGUUUUAAAAAGAAAAUAAUUAGCUUAAACAUCAGAAAUAGGCUAAACGUUAGCUUCCAUUACAUUUUUAUUCUUUCUGGCUUAUGCUAUUACCAGGGGUGCUUAAUCCUGCUCCUAGAGGGUCACCUUUCUGCAGAAAUUAUUUCUAGGUUGCUACAAUACAACUUCUUGGUUGUUCAGGUAAUCAUGAAGAUCUUGAUUCAAGUAUUUUUAGUUAGGCUUGUGGCUAAACCAAGGUAGGCCACUGUCCUGUGUUACAUUUAGUUCUAACUGCAACUAAGGACAACUAAACAAGCCAAUUAACAUCUUCAAGAUUGGGAAAGUCAUGUUAGUUCGAUCAGGCAUAGAACUAAACUCUGCAGGACCUUGAUGUUCAGAGUUACCCAUCCCCGGUCUUUGUUGAAAGGUGUCCCUCCAGAAGCAGAACUGGAUGUCAUAAGUACAGCUUACUUUUCUGUUUAAAUUAGCACACUGCCACAAUGUCAGACUUAUGAAUUUGUGCCCUUACAUCAAGAGACCAUUUCUGUGUAUUUAUGCGUAAGAGAAACUCUUUGCGUCAGUGUACAACACACUAAAGAGACAACCAUAUGCUAUUAUUCUUAAGCAAUUGAUCUUCAAGCCAUUCCGUGCAUUACAACAAAAGUGUAACAAGCUAGAGAUCUUCGAGCCUUUAGGUCAGGUUAGGUUUGCAAGUGCAAGCUUAAGUUGUAGAUUAGGCAAGAGAAUCUUGUUUGCAUGCUGACAAUCAGCAUUUGGUGUACCCGUCAGAACAGUCCUGCUCCUGAAAUCCCACUUUCCUACAGUGUUUAGCACCUAGUCAUCUGACUACCUUGUGGUGAUCAUGAAUAUCUUGAGUAGCAAGUUUAGAUGUUUAAUUAGGGCAAGAGCUAAACUCUUUGACUUAGCCCUUCAGGAGUACAAUUAAACACCCCUGUUUCAGACCUUUCCCACCUAAGUCAGCAGGUACCCUUUGCAUACCUUGCAAGUGAAACUCUUUAGCUUCAAUGCUAUUGGAACCUAAAUGACAAACCUUGCAUUUGCUGCUAGCUGUAUAACUGCAAUGUAAGCAUACACAUUUGAAUAAAACUAGUUAAAGUAUGAAUGACAAUCUGUCCUCAGAAGGGGAGGAAAUAGAAACCUUGACUAGCUCUGUUUUGUUAAAUAGAUUUACAGACACAAAACUCAGACUGGCUGAGUUUUAAGUCACACAAGGGCACAAACCCACCUAGCGGUCAUGCUAACAUCCCAUGGCACAUGGCACUGUUGUAAAUAGUGCCAUCUUCUGGUCAUCAGUUGUACUGUACAUGACUAGCUGCACCAAGGGCAACAUUUAACAGUAUUGUCCUGCUUUGCAGCAUACUAGCAUUGCAGGAUAAAACAAGAAACCUUUGGUUCUUGCAAAAUAGCGAACUUUUAAAUAACCAUUAUCUAUCACCUAUAAUUUGGUAUGACAAUUUUGCUUUCAUAGUUUAUCCCACUGUGCUAAAAAUCUUAAGGUAUACCCAGAAACUGAAUUAGGGACUUUUUCAAGCACUAUUUAGUUGGCUGAAGGGUAAUGCUUUAAGAUCCACUGCAUCAAAGUCUGUUGUUCUCAGCAAUACUCCUGCUAACAUGAAGUUGCUGCAACACUCCAAAACUUUCCACUAAAGCCAUCAUACAUAGAUCGACCUGUCACAAUCAGGACCUCAGUCAGAUUAAAUCUCGUCUCCUGACCUCAGGCAAGUAACAGUCUCUGUCCUCUCAGGGGAACUCCUUCUGUAAGAGAGAUGAUAUAUGUAAAGCAUCCUUCAGAGAUUUUCAUUAUCCCACUAAUAGUUCAGCAUUUUUAACGGACAAGUGAAUGUAACGUAAAACAUUCCGACUGAAAUAUUCGCACUUGCCGAAAGCAUGAACCCCACCGUCCCCUCCAAACCAUUUUUACACUCAGAGUCUUAUUGCAUUUGUUUUAUUAUUUGUGAGAACUAUACAAUUGAUGCUGUUUUGUUUUUACGUUUUUAUUACUGACGAGACAUUUCCUGAUGUUGAAGUUGCUUUGUUUCUUCUAUCGCUACUCUAUGUUCAGCUUCCUCCAGCUAAUCAUUUGAAAGGAAAGCGGGAGAAAUGACACAAGAUUACUGCAGGAAUGAUUUGAGUUAGUAACCCUCACAUUUAGUCCAUAACCAUACCACAACACUAGAGGUUUACAUGCCGUAUCCCAGGGGUGACCAACCCUGUUCCUGGAGAUCUACUUUCUAACAUUACUCGUGUUGUCAAAAUACUACCAAUCGGUACUGCAUUUUUUAAGCCAUCCAUUUCCCGCUAACAGUGCAGGAAAAAUUCCCAUGCAUUCCUAAACACCGCUGAUUGCCCAUUGUGUUCAUGUCCUCAACAGAAAUUACUCUGAUUUGCUGUGAAAAGGGAAAUGAACGUUUCUAAAGUUUCAAUACUGAUUGGUAUCGAAAUUCCAGUAUGGUCACAACACUACUUCCAGCAGAUUUUAGUUGCAACCCAUAUCAAACACAGCUGCCUGUAAUUGUCAAGUGCUGUUCAGGGCCUAAUUAUUUGGUUCAGGUGUGUUUGGUCAGGGUUAGAGCUGAACUCUGCAGGAAGGUAGAUCUCCAGGAACGGGGUUCAGCACCACUGCUGUAAACAGUUCAGUUACGAUUAUCAUGAUUGAUUCAGUUCAAUUUGAUUUCGCCAUGGCUGCAGCCGGCAUGCCAUUGUACGGCAAUACAAAUUUCUUGAUUAUUACGCUGUAAUGAGAGAAUAGUUUACCGAAAGUCUUUGAUCUUUUUUGAACAAGAUGCUAUAAUCCAGGGGCGUAGCAACCGGCGGGAACGAUCACUUUUAAAGACACACCAUUUAGAAACAGUUGAUUAACAAUUUUUUGAACGUAAACUUUUGGAUCUCAAUCAGCCGUCCCCCCACUUUUAAAAUGUCUGCUACGCCUCUGCUAUAAUCUAAUCUAACUUGAUGAUCAAUUCUAACCUAAGCUAAACUAAAAGUGCUCCCACCAGACCCAGAGAUAGACUGAAUGGACUCAAAAAAAUUGUUAAAAAAAGUCCCUUUAAAGCAAGACAUGUCACUUCCUUUUGGCCAGUAUGCUCAGGCUUUGUGUUGAAUGGGGAAACUGCUUGCCUAGCUUACAAUUCAAUUUUAUUUAAGGAAUCACCAAAAAAAAUAAACAUUAACUGUGUCUUUGGUUUCAUUUCUAAUGCUGUGUUCACACAUUACGCGAAUAAAUACCCUGCGGUGUGUUUCACUUAAAAUAACUGGCGCGAUUUGAUUGUUUUGCGCAUUUAACGAGCCUAACUAUCGUACGAAUCGCUCGAGUUGGAAAAUCUGAACUUCAGUGGACAUUUGCGCCGCAUUAACCAAUCAUGAGCUUGGUCUUGUAUGAGUGCGAUUAUGACGUAGAAUGUGUCAAUUUCUGGUGUCGCGAGGAAAUAUUUUCUUGCUGAUACCAACAACAGCUUAUCAAACUGGGCUCGGUUCAGUCAGAAGCACCGCUGAAAGCCUUCAUCAUCCGGUUGUAGUUGCUGGAGGAAAGCUGAGUGCACCUCUGAAAGGAUCUAGUGGACCAAAACGAAUCUAUGCUAUUUUUCAGCCUUCCUAAAGCACAUAAACCACAGCUACUUACUCAAUAAAAUCCAUGUCAGCCAUUUAGCAAGGAAGCUAGAGUCACCAGGCAGACAUAAGCCCUGUUCAUGUUGCGAAUCUGCGUCUAUUGUGAAGUGAAUUUUACAUGCGAAUUAGAUGCGCGAAUGAAGUGAGUAAACUCAAAAUGUUCAAGCAUCUAUUUACGCGUGAAUAUCGCAAUUUAUCCGAUGGUGCUGCAUCUGGUGUGAACAUAGCAUUGAUAUUCGAAUCACUCAAAAUCUGCAGAAAUUCACCCCUAGGGGUCUCCAAACUCGGUCCUGAAGGGCCGGUGUCCUGCAAAGUUUAGUUCAAACCCAAUCCGACACACCUGGGAUAGCUAAUUAAGGUCUUAAUUACAUCUUGCGGGUGUGUUGAGGCAAGUUGGACCUAAAAUCUGCAAGACACCGGCCCUCCAGGAUUUUGUUUGGACACCACCUGGUCUAUAGUGAUCGAUGAUUGGCUUCUGUAGUAGGCUUCAAUCACCAUGUUGACCGUAGCAUUUUUCCCCAUUCAAUAAUAUCCGAGUGACACUUCUGGUGUAUUCUAGAGUCCUUGGUAAAACUCAAGUUUAACUCUUUAGGGAAGAUGUGAAAUGAGUGUUCCUUUAAGUCCACAGCCGCUAGCAUGUGCUUGCUAGUGAGCCUCAUGAUCAGGGGAGUGAGGUUUACUCAAACAAAACCUUUUUUUAGCUAGCCUCAGGGACAUAAAGGACAUGAGUAUGAGAUCCCCAGUGAGACAUCCAACUGAUCCUGACAAGAACCAAAAAGCCAAACAAUUACGGUCAGGAAGUGGAGAAACUGUGUGCUAACGCUAACCUCUGUUCGCACUAACAGAAAAACCACUGCCACUGUCCAUGUCUUGAUCAUGCGCCAAGCUUCAAAACUAGGCCACUGCCCCUUCAAUGCCCCCAGAUUAGCAUUACGUAUUCAGUUAAAGCCAAGAAAGGUUGACCCGCUGUGCUAAUAUAAAGCCUUUUAGGAGUGUUGAGAGGUAACCUGCAAACACGUAAGUGCUGUGCAGGUAAACCUCACUCCUCUGACCUCUAAAGGUGCUCUAGCGACAGACGCUAGAGGCCAUGGUCUUUAUCCUCCUUGUUAGAGCAACCGACUCCCAUGCGGAAGGUCGCCAGUUCGGUCCCAGCUCGGAGCGGGUUGGGCGGUGUAGGACUAGUGGGGUUACAUUGGUGCCGUGACCCGGAUGGAAAUGAGGUUUAGGGAGGUAAGUGUAACGGAGGCUAGCUAGUAAGUUCUGUGCAGGUAAACCUCACUCCUCUGACCUCUAAAGGUGCUCUAGCGAAAGACACUAGAGGCCAUGGUCUUUAGCCUCCUUGCCAGAGCACCUGACUCCCAUACGGAAGGUCGCCGGUUCGAUACCAGCUCGGAGCGGGUUGGGUGGCGUAGGACUGGCAGGGUUACACGUGCAUUGAUCAAACACAAUCACCACAGGUUCGACAGAGGGAUUUACUGGAAAUGCGGUUUAAAAAGUUGCGAAUAUCUUGUCACCUUCCCUUACUCGUAUCGAUGGCUGGAGAAAGCUGAAUCUGACACAGACCUGUCAAGGUCUACAUCAAUGUUCAAUAUCAAAUAAGCUGUUUAAACCUUUAACCCUUUGAGCACUCUAGAGAAGGCCACAGUUUCACAUACUGCAGGAGACCAUGUGAUGAUGUAAAAAUAGCGGUGCUUUUAUCAAUGAUCCCAAUUUACUGCCGCUCUACAUGAGACUUAAGCAAUAAUAUCAAUGGUAUGAUGUCAUAUAUAAAAAAUAUAUAAAUAUACGGUACAUGAAUUAAGUGAUCAAGUUAAAUUAAAAUAAAUGAGCUCCCGCAUAAAGACAACUUUUGGUUCCCAAGAGAAGCUAACAAUCGGAUAAUUCUUGAGGUGGCACAGAGAUGCACAAAGGGUUAACAAAGGACUAUGGCCUAAUAAGGCCAGCAUUGGUUUUAUUUUUUCCUUUUUUGCACAUUUGAGAUAUUUUAAUAUCAGUAUUUUCAUUUUUUUUUCCAAGUGCCUUUUAUUAUAGUUGAAAUGUAGAUGUAAUACAGUAUAUGAAAAUAAAUAUAUAUGUAUAAAAAAAAUAAAAUAUAUAUAUUUUUUCCCAGCGUCAUGUUCUAACGCUGAACAUGCAGGAUUUUAGAGCUGUAAAAGUCUCCAGUUGGUACAACAUAGGUGUGUGAUCUCCUGUUUUAGAGGAAUUUUAUUACGAUAUUGAUAAGGACGUCAAUGAAAAAUAAACGAAACAAAUGUUUAAUAAAUUUGCAUUUGAUACA